AUGCAUAUGCACCAUCUAUCCAAGAGGGAUUCGUCAACAUUCGCCUUGAUGCAAGACGCUACACAUUUUCUGCUACGACAUUUCUAUAAUAUGGCUCAUUGGCCGUUCCAGAUCUAUAGCUCUGCUCUUAUCUUCAGUCCUGAAACAAGUCUUGUCAGGAUAGGAAACCUAGAAAAAAUUCCAAAAUAUCUCAAAUGUCUUCCCAGCAUGGAAAGCACUUGA